AAAGGGGCACGAAGAUAUUAACACUCAUGUAUAAACAAAUUUAGAAUUUUUAAUGAUGCUACUUAUGUUUAUUUUUCAAAAAAAAAAUGGUUCCAACGACAUCGAAAAUCGAUCAACAAAUACAUUUUAUGCAAAAAGUUUUAUUAAUUAGUUAAGAUAACAAACCAAAAGAAAAAGGAGAAAAAUAAAUAAAAUAACUAGAAAUAUAUAUAAUGAAUGUGAUGAACAAGUGACACGUGUCAACAGCAGAGAGAGAGUACCAAACAAACGGUACUCUCAGCUGAAAAUUGUUUGAGCCAAACAGCCACCUUUAAUAAGUGACACUAUAAAUUGAACAUGGGAGCAUUCGUAUAUGAAUGCAACAAAACAUAAUUUAACCCUCCACCAUCACCACCCUAUUCCGCCGGAAACAACCACUAAGCGGCGGCUCCGGCCUUGUUCCGGCGGUGGCCGAUGGCCAAAAACACAAAGAAAGUUGGGGGAUCAUCAAAUUCGCAAUGGACAAACGAGAGACACGUGGAUUUCUUGAACUCAAUGGAGGCUUCAUUUGUUCAGACAAUGUUUGAAAAUAACGGCCGCUUUCCUCCUCGUCUUGACCAUUAUUUACCUGACACGGCGGACUCAACCGUCGAUUUGGGGAAGGAACGGAGAAGAAGGCACUCCGCCUCAGACAUUGUAGAGCCUAGUGUGAGAAGAACAGACACAAAAGGCAGAAUAUUAUCUUGCCAAGAUCAGGUGGUCCCACAAUUCCAGAACAAGAGAGAUGAUAAAGAUAAAGAUGAGAAAGAUCAUCUUUGAACAACCGAUAUUAAAUUAAGAAGAAGAUAUUUAUUUAUUUUCUUUAAAUCUUUUCUUUUGGGCAAUGAAUCUCUAAUUAUUGUGUUAGUUACACUUAUUAGUAAUGUUUCUUUUUUAUGCUAUUUAUUUGCUCUCAUGUCGUUUAGUGCACUUGAUAAUGAUAUUUAUAUCGAAAACAUGCUUAUAAAUAAAGUUUGUAUCUUAUUAAGUCUUGAAA